AUGUGGUGCUCUACCGAAGCAUCCGGGACGGCGGUUGCACGCAUGCAUGCGGCCAAAGAGAGUACUUCUCACACCUCAGCAGCAGGUAAUUCGUCGCCUGUUGCUGUGAAUAGUCCACGUGGUGAGUCACCACGUGCGACAGGUACAUCCGCUGCAUUUGCAGCCGGUACCGCGAAACGUAAUCUAGAUAAAUCUGAAAUAGAGAUCAUCUAUUCUGGCGAGUCGGAUGAUGUAUCCGACUCGAAGGCGACACCGCACGCCUUCGAAUCAUCUGGGGCGGACACUGCAAGGGCCAGGUUGAAUGUCUUUGGUCAACGUGGAGGCAUCAUGCUCGAGAUGUUCGGAUCGAGCAAUUAUUCCGACGAAUACUCGCAUCCAAGGGAUCGGGGUAACACUGAUGCCAGUGCUCAUGCUGGCACCAAUCAAGAGGCCAGGGACCAAAAUGUUUUGCACCAGGCUCCUUAA